UUGGGGCUGGGACUGGCUCCGCUGCUCCCCCCGCUGCCGCCUCUCCGCGCUCCGCCCGGUCCUGCCGCCUCCGCCCGGCCCCCUCGCACCCCCUCCCCCGGCCCUUCCCGGUGCCGGCGAGCCCCGAAUCGGGUCAGUCGCUCUUUAAAGGCUGGAAGGCUGCACCAUGUGAUGCUUCGGCUCCGGCGGGGAGGGGGCAGCGCCUGCGGGAGCCGAGCGGUGUCGGGCACCGGGGACCGAGCGCAGCCCCGGCGGCCGCGGCCAGCCCGGUCCCCGGCGGCCGCAGGGUUCCCCCGGCCGCCCCAGCAUGAGCCCCGGCUCGCUCUGCGGGGGGACAGCGCUGGCUCUCUGGGGGUGAGAGCACCCCAAAACAAGCCCUGGAUUUGCAGGACAAGGUGACCGAGGACCCCCACGGGAGUGGGGCGGACCGGAGCAUCAUGGCACACCCCAUCUCAGCCUUCCAGGCUGCCUACAUCUCCAUCGAAGUGCUCAUCGCUUUGGUGUCCGUGCCGGGCAAUAUCUUGGUCAUCUGGGCUGUGAAGAUGAACCAGGCACUGCGGGAUGCCACCUUCUGCUUCAUCGUCUCGCUGGCGGUGGCCGACGUGGCCGUGGGGGCUCUGGUCAUCCCUCUGGCCAUCAUCAUCAACAUCGGACCCCAGACGGAGUUUUACACCUGCCUCAUGGUGGCCUGUCCCGUCCUCAUCCUCACGGAGAGCUCCAUCCUGGCGCUUCUGGCCAUCGCCGUGGAUCGGUACCUGCGGGUGAAGAUCCCUGUCAGGUAUAAGAGCAUGGUGACACCACGGCGGGCAGCUGUUGCCAUUGCCUGCUGUUGGAUAGUCUCUUUUCUGGUGGGACUUACCCCCAUGUUUGGGUGGAACAACCUCAACAAGAUGCGAAGGACUCAGGAGCUGAACAGCAGCCACACAGAGUUUGUCAUCACGUGCCAGUUUGAGACGGUCAUCAGCAUGGAGUACAUGGUGUACUUCAACUUCUUUGUCUGGGUCCUGCCUCCCCUGCUGCUGAUGCUGCUCAUCUACCUGGAGGUCUUCAACCUCAUCCGCAAGCAACUCAACAAGAAGGUGUCCUCCAGCUCCAACGACCCCCAGAAGUACUACGGCAAGGAGCUGAAGAUCGCCAAGUCCUUGGCGCUGGUUCUUUUCCUGUUUGCGCUCAGCUGGCUGCCUCUGCAUGUCCUCAACUGCAUCACCCUGUUCUGCCCAUCCUGCCAGACCCCGCACAUCCUCACCUACAUCGCCAUCUUCCUCACCCACGGCAACUCGGCCAUGAACCCCAUCGUCUACGCCUUCCGCAUCAAGAAGUUCCGGACAGCCUUCCUGCAGAUCUGGAACCAGUACUUCUGCUGCAAAACCAACAAAAACGCCACCAGCACCACCACAGCUGAGACAGGCAACUAGGAACUGGGAGAGGGCAGAAAGGGGCACCUGUGCCCACCCAGUCCCCACCCAGACACUGUUCCUGCUGUCUCAGGAAGGGGUAGCAAGGACCCGAUGGGUUCUGAGUUCAGAAGCCCCCUGCAGUCCCUACAGCCACCCCAGGGGGUUAUUUAUUUGCAAGCAUUGUACUGUUUGGAUAUUGUAGCCUGCACUGUUCCUUUCUGGUUUAGGAUUUUUUUUCUCCCUGAUUGUUUUUGUUUUUAAUUUUUUAAGCAUUGCCAAGUAUUUAAGGAGAAAUUGUACAGACAAAUGCGCAGUUUAUCUUCAUGCAAAUAAAGUCCAGUGAUCCAAACCACCCAGGAGGUGCCCUGCCAUUGAUGGAGACCCUCAGCUCCAUGGUGUUGGUGGUGCUGGGGGCACCUCACACUCUGGCCCCAUGUCCAUGGAGCCAUGGGGGUACCUGGGCACUGGGACAAAGGGGUGCCCUGUGGGAGUGAAGAUGCUGAGAACUAGGAGAAUCCAGGGCACUGGGAUUUCUGAAGAAAUUAAGUUUGAAAGCCCUUUCUUUCCCCUCUUCAACCAGGGAGAGAUGAGCUGGGCUGAGACAUGGGACGAGAUAGGAAGCCUUCCCAUGGCAUUGCCAGCACCCAUAGGGUAGUGAACCCACUAACUUGCAGAGCAAAGGGUCAGUCUCCAGCUCUCAGUACUACCAGAGAGGUAGGCAGAGGUGGGUAUUGGUGAAACUCUUAAGCAUAAUACCAGAGAACUCUGCAGAAGCUGCUUUUGCUCCCCAAUGGCUCCCCAUGGAUCCCAGCAGCACCCACUACCCCUGCAAGCUGUACCCAAGGGAGUGUGUCCUCUCCACUUGUCUUCUCUCUCCCUUUACUCUGGUUUUGAGUCAUUUUCCCUCCUUUCUCCUGGCUGUUUUCUGUGAAAAGCAGUAGAGAAUCUCUCCCAGACUGAUCAUCUCACACCUCCCAUGUUGUUCCCUCCCACCCUCUCUGUGCAGCCAAACUCUUUUGACCCAAACAUUGUGGGUUAAUGCAGCCACCUCCACAGUCCAGGAGGCAGACGGGAACAUGGACCCCUCUGGGAGCAAGUAGGGGACAGCUACAGGCCACCAUGUGGGUGCUGAUGCUGCCAGAGGGCACUUUGCCACCACUGAAGUUCAGCUGUGGAUAGAUUUGAGGAGGGGUUGGCUGGGGAUGGACUGUCCCUUAUCCAGCUCUGAUCCCUCUGGAUGCUGGAAGUUCCAGUCCCUCCUCCAGGGCUGAAGCAGUGGUGGAAAAAUUUGAGUUGAUUUGGAUUCUUUUCUUAUCAGCAUCCCUUGUUCACCAGGCUCGCAUUGGAAACAGGUCCUGUGGCCCUGCCCUGCCCCAGCGAGGUCAUGCUCCUCAGAGGGGACGUCAGCAAUGAGCAAAGUGACUGCAGCAAGUUCCCACAGAGACUGGGGGUGCAGAGAGGAGAAGGACCUUGGAUGGGUGAGAUUUAUGGGUGAUUUUUAGUAAUGUUGGGAGUGUGCAGCACAGGCAUUGGGGCAGCCAGGAGUCCCUUCUCCCACUGCUGCAGCCAGCUCUAUUUAGCUUGGAGGGAUGAGGAGGGCAGCAAGGAAGAGAGGAGAUGAAAGGCUCAUUGCGGGGGCCUUGAUGUAUUUCCAGGCUCCUGGCUCAGAUAGCACUGGGAACAACGGGAGCAGAGCAGAAAAACAAUGGCAAGGACAGGAGAAAAUCCUUCCCUUAGUCCUCAUCACAGUAGAGGGGUCCUGAACGCCCUCCCAAACUUCCCAUGGUGCAGAUGGUGCUGUGCUGGUGCUGAGCCCUUGGGAUCAGCAAUCCCCCAUGGACUUCAGCCCACACUCCCCUCCCAGGCAUCACCAGGUGCCCUGGGGCCAGCACUGAACCUCUCACAUGAGGGUGAGGCUUUGGCUCACCCCAUAUCUGCCCGAUGGCUCCUCUGCCCAGUGCGGUGACUCCCGUGCUCCCACUUUGCCAUGUCCUGUGCCAGCUCUGGCCAGAGCCAGCAUCUCCUCGAAAGGGCAGAGGGAAGAGCCUCAGGUUUCAUGGAGCACCAAUAUCAGUGGUACCUGAGGGUGCUGCAACGCCAGGUUAGUGAGGAUGAGAGAGGAUCCGAGGCCUUGGUCCCCUGGCUCCACAGCACCGUGCCUUCAGAUUAGUGCUGCUGUUUGCCCAGCUAUGAGUCCCACUUGCAUCUUAUUUCUGCUGCUUUUCUGGAACUGACCCUUUGGCCUGAUCCUUGCUAAGGUAACCAGGAGCCUGGUGACUGGGAUGCUCAUAAAUUAAAGGGCAUGUGAAUGGUUGCUUCAUUAAAAAUAGCAUAAAGUGGAUUUUCCACUCUGUGCCCUCCAGACCUGUCCCUGAGGGGGAGCCCUCACUAAAAGUGGAAGUUGUCACCCACCUCCGUCCCCUGUGGGGUUACAACACAGCCUGUGCUCUGUAGGACUGAAAUAAGGGCCUGGAAAGGGCAGAGCAUGCAGCAUGACAGAGUCCUGGAGAUCAGCUCACAGCCUGCUUCCAGACCCUGUCCCUGAAAGAAUCCCACUGGCCAAGGCCCCGUGCCCAGGUACCAGGGACACCAAGGGGGACAGGACACCCCCAGCAGUGUCUAGGGCUGGGUAUGAGCAUGCUAGGGAAAACAAGCUCUACACUUGCCAGCUGGGACUGCAACCUCAGCUCUGUGGCAUUACCACCAGAACCAACCACCUCAAAAAUCCAUCCUGACCAGCAGUGGGAUAAAAUUAAUCUGACAAUGCCCUCUGAUGGUGGAAACAACACUGAUGUGGAUGGUGCUGCACCAUUACUGAGCCUCAUGGGACCAGCAACACUCCCUGGACUUCGUCUUGGGCUGUAGGUGCCUGGGGACAGAUGGGGACAAAGCAGAGGGGCUGCAGGAGAGAUAGUGCAGAGAGGGGUUUGAUUAAUCACAGGUACUGCCCAGCUUUGCUCUCCGUGGCACCAAGGGUGGGAUGGGCUCUGAUCUAUGGAUGCCAGGCUGGAUUUGCAUCUACAAUGGCAAUUCCAGGGCCAGCCAGGACACAGGCAGGAUGUGGGUCUGGCCCCAUGACAGAGUAGCCACACAGCUGGGAGAGCUCCUACCCUCGUGCCCCCAGACUGAGGGGUGAGGCAGUGCUGGUGGAGAGAUCACCCCACGCCACUGACCCCAGGUAACCAUGUGUUCCAUGGGUCCCUCUGGGCUCUGCUAACACCCAAUGUCUGCCCCAAGCUGGCCCAGAGCUCAAGUGAUAACUCAUCCUGCGCAUGAGCCACCUGCUCACAGGGAUGAGUCCCCUCCUCUGGAUAAAACAUCAACAGGUCCUGUACCCACCAUGGGGAGGUGACAGCUCCUGGCUGGAUCAUUGCCUCACUGGCAUGGAUAAAGAAACUGUGCUUCAAUAAAGAAGCAUUAAGAUGCUGCAA